GUUUAAAAAGUAAUAGUAAAUGACUUUUAUCUAAAGUUUGCACCGUUUUAAUUUACUGAGUAUCACAAAAUAUCAUAGUGUGGAAUAGGUACUGAAGCGCUGUAACGAACGUGAUUAUGUGUGUAUGUGAUUGCUGGUGUGUGCGCCUAUGUGAAUUUAAGUGCGUGUUUUGUCGACCUCUAGCCCACAGCCUAUAACAAUAGCCAAAAAGUCUGAGGAGGGCGCCUGUGACCUAAAUGUACCCAUCCCCGUCUCGGAAAAAAACCUGUGUCAACCAGUCUUCCCGUGAACCUUCCUGUGUGAUUGUCCCGGGUGAAAAGACAGACAUGUUUACAACAAGUAAUGCGACCACCGUAGACUGCCUAGCGUUACAGAGAGCAUGGCUUGAUUUAAACGAUAGAAAGCAAUGAGGGAGGUGAUGACGUUUAUAGAAGAAGGAGGGUGCUUAUGAAUACAGUAUCUGAGGUUGCUACUGGCGAGUGAGGACGCUGCGAUUGUCUGUGGGUUGGCAGUAAUUCCCAGGAUUCUGCCUCGUCUCUCCAUCUUUAUCAUUUUGUUCCGCCACCGAACUUGAGUGUAGUCCGGGUGUAACGAUGAUGCCCAGCCCUGGCUUGGAUCAUUACCCCCCGGAACCGUAGAUCAGACUACCUGUUUCACUGAAGACCGUAAAGAGGGACGGCCUCGCCUUCUUCUGUCACUUUUUUGUCACGCCCUCACAGCAAUGCUGUCUCAACCUCGUCCCGCUGUGCCCCCCCAGCCUUGCCAGUCUGCCGGCCGCGAACAGGGUGCAGUGGAACUAAAGUCCCCUGAGCUGGGCUCCUGGAGGGAUGAUAUAAACAUGAACACCACCGCCAACACUUCUGCUUCCUCCCACCAAGGUUAUGCAAACAGUGGACCGGCCGAGUCCGUCAGGUCAAGGGCAGUCGACCAGGGCCUGGCUGCCGUAGAUCAGCAAAAGGACUGCAACUUUGCAGUACAGAACCACAAGCCCAAUAUUGUUCAUUUAGCGGCUGACCCAAGCUCUGCUCUCGACCCGAACUGCAAUGAGCCCAGCCUGCCAUGUCUGUGUUGUAACGGUUACUCGCCUCAGGACAACAACAGCACCUAUAACCUCAACUACAUAAACAACAACACCGUUGCCUUUGGGCAGCAAACCCAAAGCAGUUGCAAUGAGUUAUAUCAGGAGGGUGCACACCAAGCUCAGCAGACCCCCAAACUGACCCAGUUGCCACACAGCGCCCCCUCUGGCGAGGAGGUCGACAAAACUGAUGAUGAAGACGACACACAGAACCGCAAAGAGGUUUCUCGUGAAGACUAUGCUGAUGAGGAUGACACCCUCAUUCCCUCCUGUUGGGAUUGUCCCCCUUCUCUACUGGAAUUCUCCCUCUCCUCAUUCACCUCUUCUUCAUCCACCUCCAUCAGCGGGUGCUCAGACCUUGAAUCCGACUGUCCCGACGCCAUCUCUCUCUCCUGUCAAGAUUUCCCACCUGAGCAGUCCCACUCGGCCCACGCCUUUGAUGACCGACCGCAUGCUUCCGUCCUCGAAUCAUACCGCCCUCGUGAAUCACCCCUGCCCGUAGGGUCCCCCUUGGUUUUGUCUACCCCCUCCUCCGAUUCCACAGAGGAGGAGAGGUCGCUAGAGGAUGACGACGGGCUCCUGGACCUGCAGAAACUUUCGGAAUCGGUGGACGAACUCGGGAAGGCGAUCCACCGUCAGGCUGCUCAGCUGGCCCAGUGGGAUUUGGAGGGCUACCUGGAACUCCGAGAUGAGCUUGAUCACCUGGAAGGUCUGGGGCUGAGGAGCGACCCUCGGGGGCUUGAGCAAUUCGGCUCCAUGUUCGGUGAGGCAAAUCUGGGACACGACGGCUGUCCGUCAGAAGGGGAAACGUCGUCCAGACCCCUGGACUGCUCAGAUGCAGGCGCUGAGUCAUCCGCUUCCUCGGUUUUUGAUGACUGUGUCUUCCAAGACUUAUUCGUCUCCUCCCCCUUGCUGCCUCCCCCGCAGCCCACCAUGCUUCCUGUUGUGGACAGGGACGCGCCCGCGUUCACGUACAUGAACAUGAACGCCAGCACGCCGAGCCCCCCCACCACCUCCUCAACCUACUCUUCCUCACCCUCUUUUACUAUCGCUUCCUCCUCCUCUUCCUCACCCCCCCGUGAGGCCAAAGCUCCCUCCUCCUCCCUCUCCGUCCCACCAUCGCAGCCCAUCCCCUACUUCACCUUCCACUCCUCCGCCUCCUCCCUCACCUCCCUCCCUCCUCCUAUCCCCCCACCUCGGAGGAAGCGCCAAGCCCGACUGGAAGCCCUGAAGAAGGCUGCUGUCCAGAAUGACGGCACGCCUGCUUCCCAACGCCCGCCUCUUCCUCCUCCUCCUCCUCCUCUACCCCCUGCUGCUCCUCCUGCCCAUGCCCCGCUGGAUCGCCCAGCUCCCACAUUACCGGCACCUCCUCCGCCUUCCUUUCAUGCCCUGGAUGACGAGAUCAGAAAGCUGCUGAUCCUGGCCGGGGUGACCCAGGACGAGCUGCUGAAACUGGGCCCCGAGCUCGGAGUCGGGGUGAUGGAGCUGAUGGAGCCGGAGGGCGCGGAGGUGCCCGAGCCUGCGGGACCGGGAGAGGUGGAGGGAACCGAAACCAGAGCGGGAUUCCGAGGCGUGAGGGAGGGAAGACAGAGUGUGGCUAGGAGAGAAAGGGAUGAGUGCAGAGAGAGAGAGCGGGAAGAGAGGUGGAGAGAAGUAAAUGGAUAUGGAGUCAGCGGAGAGAUGACGAAGGACAGGUCGUUAGAGGGACAGAUGGGGAGGGGUGGUAGAGACACACUGAGGACAACUUCGUUUACUGAGGCGGGAAGGAAGCAGUGGGGAAAUGGCAGCAGCAGCCCCAGCUCCAGCCGUCGCCACGGGUUUGGCUACGACGCCGGAUUUGACUCUUACUAUAGCAUCACUACGAGCUUCCGCAACAACAACAACAACAACAACCCCUCGUCAAGUGCUGCUCCCUCUUCGAGACCCUCGCCUCCCUCACCCCCGCCGCUGCCCCAGCCUCCCCCCCUGCCCCCUGCGAAUCUGAGCAGCGUUCCCUCCAAGAAACGUCGGCCGGAGCGCUUUGACUGGCUGAUCGAGUUCUCCCCCGAUACCGACGCCGCGUCCAAGCCCGGGGCCGCCGACGGACGGGGGGAAGGCGGCGCGCAGAAACUCGCGGCCGGGGCGAAAGUGACCACCUUCAAAGAGCUGCGCAGGCAAAGCAGGCAGAACCCCGCGCCCGCCGCGAUCCACAAAGAACCGGACCCGGCCGCCGUCACCCCGGACCCGGACUUCCUGUACAGCCUGAAGUGGGCGACGGAGGGCGUCGACGGCGACGACCCCCGUUGGGAGUACGGCGCCCGCGCGCGAACCUCUGUCCUUCAGCCGCCUCCCGUCACCCCAUUGGCCCCCCUGAGGGAAAUGCUGCCGGCGGGCCGCGGGGGGCCAGUGCCCCACCCCUUUCCCCUCAUUGGCUGCUCCGUCUGCGAGCGCAGGCUGCAGACGGCGGCGGAAGAGAGAGAGGAAGCUGAGGCAACGAAGAGGGGAAGAGCCGACGGAGGGUUGACCCUGGACUCCGGGACAGCAGUCUGCAGCCUGUCAUUCGCUGAGUCAGUUCAAAGGGGCGGGGCCUUAGCGACUGAUGGCGUGAGGGCCCAACUUGGAGGUCAAGGGCUGUUCUCUCCGUGCAUGCAAGAAAAACGAGCUCUUCUCAGCCCGAUCAGCCUGGCAGUGGAUGCCAUUCUGGCCCAGUUCAACUCCUCUCGAACCCUGGUGCAGAAGGUGCAGUCGGGAGACAGCCGGGUGAACCCGUCUCUGGGCAGGCUGGUGCUGCAGUGCCUGUGCCCGGCCCUGAGCGGCCUGCUCUCCGACGGCCUCAAGCCCAACCAGACGGACCUCAUCACGGGCAGGAGGCCAAAUUCACCCUGGGGAUUGGUGCAGGCCUGCACGGGCCCAGGCCCCAGUACCCAGGCCAUGCACAGCCUGCAGUGCCAGGUAUCCCAGCUGCCCCAGCUCAGACAGAGCCGGCACCGGUUCAACGCCUUCCUGCUCGGCCUGCUCAACAUCAAACUCCUGGAUCACUGGGUCUUCCAUCUGCAGUCGUGUGAUGAUGUGCUGGACACUCACUAUCACCCCACUUCCUUUAUGUGGCUCUCUCGCACUUCCUGUCAGCCUCUCUUUGAGGAGCUCCUCCUCCUGCUGCAGCCGCUGUCCCUCCUGACCUUUAACAUAGACCUGCUGUUCCAGCACCACCACUUUGACCCCGCCUCCCCCACGCCCUCCGCGGCCAAUUACGGCCGGGAGAACGCCGGCCCGGCCAAUCGGGCCUGUAGCUUCAGGAUCCCGGGGUUGUCCUGCUGGAGGAGGGAUCAGUCAUGGAAUACGUCAAAGCAAGCUCCUGGGGUUUCGGAUGACCAACCGAAAACAAAGCUCACAGCCUUGGCCAAUAACAGUAACAACGGGCUGAAUGGGAGAGCCAAUGGCAGCCCAGUGUCAGCCAAUAAGGGAGAAGCAGCCAACCACAUACUGUGGAAGGAGUGGGAAAUUGCGCCCCACAGUGUUGAUAACCUCUCUCAGCAGGCCGGGCAAACUGUACAGCAGGGCUGGGGGUCAGUGGUGCAGUGGGGUAGGAAGGUGGGGCAGAGCUGGGGCAGUUAUAAUAAAGCGGAGCAGAAGGCUUCCCCUCUGCCUCCGGAUUCUUGGCUGUCUAACGCCCCCCUUCAGUAUGACUACAUUACCCAUGAGGCUCAGCGGAAUCCUGUUCCUGAAUGUAGUUCAGCGGCCCCGUGGGUUCUGGGCAUGCUGUUUGGGGCGUCCAGAGGGCAGAAAGACCCCCGCAGAUGCCCAACUUCGGCCAGGCGUCCGUCUCACUGGCUGGCCCCCGGCGUUUCAGUCCUGUCCCGCAUCGCAGCCCCCGCCCAGAACUCGGGGUCCGGAGAGCGAGAGAAAGAGAGAGAGAGGGAGAGAGCAGGAGAGAGAGAGCACCCCACACUGGCCAGGCCUGUGCGGACCCAGCGUGACCACAGGCCGCGGGGCCAGCUCUACUGACCGCUGUGGGAUGCUUAUUCGCCGCCCCCCCCUGGGAGGAGAAGGUUAGAGUUACCGAAAACUCGCCCGGCUGUUUUCCGACGACGCAAAUAUAAGCUAGCCGACUACGACGGUGCGCUGAAGAGAAACGCAUUAAUUACUCAUUUGACAUGUAAUGUGAAUUCUGUAUUCUGUAUUCUAAAUAGAACACAGUUUGAACACAGGCUGAGACCAAGCAGACUCCGUGUGACAGAGUACGAUUAAGCUCUCGUUACAGUAACAAGCACAAUCUUAGAACGACGCCACAUUACCCCCCCCCUCCCCUCACCUACCCACCCGCCAAAAAAAAAAGCACACCAAAGAUGGCCGCCGCAAUGGCUCGUAAUACUCUUCCAUCACGUUGACCAGCCCAUCGAGCUACCUCUAGAGAUUCACAACCGUGCGAAGUGCAGAGAAAGGGUUUGCAGUUUCUUUUUCGGAAUAACUGAGAAUGAAGACGGACCGGGGGUGGGGGGUUCGGGGGGGGGGGGGGGUGUAAGAGAGGAGCAAUUGUGCCCAGCUGCAUCAGACACCUUUUCUUUACCCCAUUUAAGCCAGCGGGCAACUAAAGUAUUUUUUUUGGAUGACUAUAGUUGUUUUAAAGCUCUUCCUAAGGUUGUCUACUUGCAUGCCGGUUUGUUUUUAAAGCAUCUAUAGUCACCCAAAAAAAUAUCCACAGAUGGAAAAAGAGUGGUAGACACUUCGGCAACAUUUCAGUUGCCCGCGGGCUUAAAUGGGUUAACAUUCAGGAUGGGAUGCCUUUCCUUUUGUUACGGAAAUUGUAUGAGGGUGCUGUCUCAAAUCUCUUCCUUGGGUGAGAGAAACCUUUGGGGUUAUAUGGUAGUUUUUGCUAUAGGAUUGCAGUACGGCUAAAGGGUUCCAUGUGGGAUAAUAGGAACGUAGAGAGGAGAGCACUGGACAUAAAAAGCAAGGGAAAUAUAUUCUGUAUCCUCCUAUGACCCAGCAAUUCAUUUUUGUCCCCUGUAGAAGACAUCAGUCUAAAUCUGAAGAACCACACAUUCUACUAUGCUGAAACCAGCACUACAUGGAAUAGCCAAUAAUAAUAAAGAAGAAAUGAUAUUUUAGAAAAUAUUUUGACUGCAACGUGUCUUUGUCGUACAAGACACUUAUUUUUAUGUCAAAAAAUGAAAAUGCUUGAAGUAUUUUAUUUUUGUUCUGUUGGGUCUCAGGAUGAUAUUUUUUUGUGUGCCUUGUACGCUCACAACUCCGAUGGCGGGAUUUUGUCUCUUGAAAUUAAGUCUGUGUUCUCGUGAAGGUUUAAGGGAAGCAGAAAUGUUGUGAAGUUGCCUAAAGACGAAGCUCAGCACCAGCCAUUUUGCAGCCCCAGGACCAGCCAAAACCCCUGCUGUGGGUUAUUCAUGAUGCAAUCUUUUUGCUCCGUAAAACUAAUUUGAGGAGAGUUUCCUCAAAUGAAUUUUGUGCAUAUUGGACAAUAUACUGGAUAUUGGGUAAUAUAUUCUGCUAUAUUUUCACCAGCAAGAGACUUUUGAGGGUGCACUGCUUUUUACUCAAUUUCCCCUCAAGGAAUAAAGAACGUUUUCUAGCCAUGAGUUAAUUUUAAGGGAAUACUUAACAGUAACGACAUUUCAGAAGUGAAAUAAGAAGGUAGAAUGCGGUGGAAGCUGCUUUUGGAAAUAACUAAAAAGAAUAUUUCGGGGGAUUUUGUGCGGCACGCUUAAAUAUAAGGUAACCUUAAGGAGAAGGUCAGAUGUGGAAAAUGAGGUGUGUUUUGCAGCUGGGCACUGGUACUAGGGAUGUAGGAGGAAGUCUGGGAAGAUGAGCGCGUGACGGAAACGUCUUCAGAGGAAGAGCGCUUCGAAUGGUUCUGAUAAUGUCCUGAAAAUUGAAUGUGUAACUGCCGUGUUCACACAAAUUCUGCGUCCAGAAAUUCUCCACACGGCUGGACCAGUAGAUUGAGAGGCAGCAGAUGAAUCUAGAGGAUAUCGCAAAUUACAACCAAUUAUAAAAACCUUCAUCGUCCAUUAGUGGGAAGUAAAUGUCAAAUUAUCACGUUCGCAAGUUAUUUAUAGCACAUGAAGGUUUUGAGUAAGCUACCAAGCAGGGUGUUAUCUCUACAUUUCAUUCACACAUUUCUUCCAGGCUUUCAUUAUUAUUUUGUGGGAUUCAUUGUUAGUUUCCGUAUCUAUGUAGCCCUGACCCAGUUUGGAAAUUACACUACGUACUCUGAAAAUCUUGAAGUCAAUCUCCUGAAGUCAAUUUCAAGUGAAAUGGCUAUCGUGUUUCACCAAAUAGCACGAUGGGCUUGAUAAUUGUUUGAUAGUUUGAUGCAUACACAUGCAUGUGUAACACGUUAAACUAUAAAAUCAAAAAUUGGAGAACACAAAAAUAUGUUCCAAAACAUCCAGCAUAUAUAGAACUACAAACAUUUAAAUUAUUAUUAUUUAAUUAUUAAUUAUUAUUGUUAGUACAUAUUAAGAGAACUGCAAGUGUCUAUAUUUAAUAUAUUACAUAUAUUCUUUAAAAUGCAGUAUAUGAAAUUUGGCAGUAAUUUGAAUAAAUUUGGCAUGAUUUCAGCGUUUGUAAUAUAUGCUGCUUACAUUUUGGAUUUUGAUUUAUUGUUUUCAUCUGUUUUUCACAUUCACAUACGUUAUAUUUAUUUUUCCACCAGGGCUCCCCCUUUAAUUUCAUUUCAUUGCCCACAAUGGAGGGAUAAUCCAAUGGCAAAGUCCCCUUCCUCAGUUGCCAUAACAACAGUAGUGUGUGAAAGCUCAGUGCAACGGUCUCUCCAGGUAGCCCUGCUUCAUUUGGGGGGGGGGAGGAGGGAGCUGGCAGGGGGACACUUUCAACUGCUAAGUUCAUUAAAUAAAGGAAAUAGGAGGUGGAGGUUGCAAUUAUGUGUGCAUGCACCUGACAUGGUCUGCUAACUGAGGUACCACAGUCUACAAAGGCUUCCAUUGAUCAGUUAAUCAGAAAGUAAAGUACAUGCAGAGGAUUUCCUGUUCGUAUAAUUCUCACCGAUUCAAUUAUCUCUAACCUCUUUACACACUGUCUUCUACGCACUAAAAUAACCACUGUUCUCAGAUGCUCUAAACGGACUUAGAAGCAUUUUUAUGCAUAUUGUGUGUGACUUGUGUGUAAACUGUAUCAAGUGAUUUGUAUUCAGAGGUCAGUUAUGGUUUGUGCGGCAGUUAAAACAUCAUUCAAUUGUUUGCUGAAUGAUAAUUUCAGAAAAUAAUCCAUAUGGCAAUGCUCCACUAAUUAGUUUGCUUAUUUAUUUGACCGAUACUUAUGUCUGGAGCAAAGUCGAUAUCAUGGUCCGUAUUACAGCGAUCAUGAAUAAGAUUUUAGCAUUUAUAGACUACUCUGUGAAGUGGGAGAGUCUGAGGGUUCAGUGUGCAUGUUGCUAUAUGAAGCUAAAAAGAACUCACAAUUAAGACAACCUUCUAGCUAUCCUUGCUAAUAAGCACUUGUCGUCAAACACAGAACCGAUUAUUCAAGCAUACACCGUCUUUCGAUUGUACUGAAGACACACAAUAUUGAUUGUAUGAGCACCAUAUUGAGAUGUUUAUGAUUAUAUUUUUUAGCUUAGUAGCGCAAGAACUGUCUGUCGCUGGAAUAUCCUAUUAUGAAAGUGUGAAGUUGGUUAUUACAUUCAUUUGUAUAUUAUGCUUAGAAAAUGAAAACUGAGUAAAUAUAUCUGUAUAUAUAGAAUUAGAGGUAAGGAAUCGUGUUAAGCAAGGUGUCACUAUUGGGUAUCAUCAUUCACUUGGUGUUGAUGUCUUGUCAGUGGUGGCCAUGAGGUUGGAGACACAUAUCUCACAAUAGGAAAAAAAAAAAAAAAAAGAAGAAACCUCAGGAAUAUGAUUUGAAAGUUUGCCUGUUAGUCAUUUUGAGAGAGAGAGAGAAAAAAAACUAGGCUUGUUGAAAACAAGGACUGAAUUUAUUUUUGUAAUUUUAAUUUCUCUAGUCAAAGUCAGCUUUGCCGCCAACUGGAUUUGUAUGUGUCGAAAUGUCAAUACUGCACCGUUUAUCAAUCCUGCAUAUAUAUACACGCUUUGCAUCUAACAGUACUCUGAAGUGGAAUCUGGGACAUCGGUUCAGUGCAUUUUUACCCUGACUGUGAUGCAUCUCAGCCAUUUCAUUUACCUGGUCGUUCCGUCGUCCAGCCUGUCCCUGCAUGUGUUUGUCUGUAAAUAGCAAAUAAACUCAGUGUUCCAAAAA